AGUGUUAAUGCCGUUGUUAGGACACAGCCUGAAUUCGUUGACAACGACGAGCUCUAACAUUAUUUUUCCCUCUUUAUUAUUUUACAGUUGUCAAAAAGGGGGGCAUAUCGAGGAUUUUCAUUAUCGCUCCCUUUUGUUUCACCUUAUUUCUUUAACCGUGUGUACUUUUCAUUGACAUAAAGUAGAUGAAAGAAAAAGGAAAAAUGUUAUCAACCCCCAAAUCUCGGAGUAAAUUGUUUUUAGCAUCUGCACUUUGCGAUGGACUCGAAGAUAAUAGUUUACGACAAGUGGAAACACUCCUCUCUAUUAAAUGUGCCGACCCAAACGUUUUAAUCCCAAAUCAUGGAGUUUCGGCGUUUCAUCUUGCAAUUGGCAACAAAUCGGAAAAGUUCGCAGAAUGCGUUACCAAACUUUUCCUUCAUCAUGAAGGUAAUCCAAACGUUAGAUCUGUUGAUGGGAUGACACCCGUCCAUGUUGCCGCAGCUUGGGGAAGAGCUGGGGUGCUAAAGUUGUUGUUAGCACAUGGGGGUGAUCCAUUAUGUUUGGAUGACGAAGGUCGCAGCCCGUUUCAUUAUGCCUUUGAUGGUGCUUAUUACCACAUCAUUGCCAUACUUGGAAAUUACUGCACCAGUAAUGACAUCAACAAGAUUGACAUGGAUGAGAGACCCAACUACAAAUUGACGCUAGAUAAAAUUCUCCUAAAUGAGAGGAAUGUCAUCGCAGAGUAUAUGCUCUCUGAUAAUUUCCCCAAGAGCUUUGUAGAAUUGGAAACAAAGAGCAGUGAAUCAAACAAAAAAAAUCAAUGCUUCAUUUCCAGUGACGAUGAACAAUCAGUUUCCAGAUCAUUUGAAACGUUUAAUAGGCUUCACAAUAAUGUGACCAUUCGUCGCUGCUACAGAGGAAAAUCUAUUCCGCAAUUCCCUGUAAAUCUAAACAGUGAUAAAAACUUUGAUGAAGAGAAGCUUCUCAUUAGUAAUAUCAUUCAUGGAUUCUCGAAUGGACUUGCGAUCAAAACGGGGUCCACGUAUGACGGAAACACGUAUAUUAGAAAAAGAAUUUUGGAAAGCGGUAAUAAUACCGUAAGUACGAAAAAAACAUCGCGUCACAAAAAAGAUGGUGACAUUUCGAUAAUUAGCAAAUCACCAAAUUUAAAAUUAUUUACAAUCAACGAUAAAACGUCGAACACAAAAAAUUCAAUGACCAAUGCGCCAUUGAAUUUAAUGAGAAAUUACUCCAUUCAGACAAUGAAUAUUCAGCCCAAAAUGAAAGUUAGAUCCGCGGAAUACACAAUGAAAAGUAAUACUGGUUCUACGAGAAGCAGAGCACUUACGCAUCUCUGUCUUCAAGAAUCAUUCCGGAUAUUAGAUAGAAAAUGUCCAUCAAGUAUGCAAGGGGAACAAAAGGCAAAGCUUCAAAUAUCUGACAGAUUUUCUGACACGGCAAUGAAUUUACGUUCACCGGAUACAGAUUUCUUACAGGAAUGUAGAGCCGUCAACAAAAAUAAGGCCAAAAAUCUUUCUAUCAAGCUGGUGGAUCGAAUGGAUGAUGAAUAUCCUGAAAUUAGCUCUGAAGUUAAAAUGCAAAGUUCAUCCAUUCCAGAUAAUAAAGAAAACGAGAAUAAACAGUAUGAUCACCAAAAACUAGAUACAACAACUUACCAUGAAACAGAAUCGAUUAUGUUGUAUAAAAACAAGGAAAAAAAUUAUGACGUUUUAGAAAAUCCUGAAUCAUCAAAUCUAUUAAAGGUUUAUUCCCUCGAGCAAAAAUUUAAUCCAACUAUGAAUAAAAAUCAAGUUGCCAAACAGGCGAAAAUUUUACUAGAAAUUGAUAAAGCUCAUAAGGAUAGAAGUCCGACUCUGCCAGCUUCAAUUUCUUUCCUUGAAAACUAUGAAAAUUUUUACAUGACUAAAAUGUCUCAUUCGGAUAACAGCAACAACGAAUCGAGUUUGUGUUGGAUACCACACGAGGCCGAGCCGAGAGAAAUAAGUUUGUGGUCUCAUAGUAAAUCUUUUAUUAGCGUGGAUGAAGAAUACACUUACGAAGAUAAGGAAAAGGGGGUUGCAUUUAUCGAACGACAUCUCCGUGUUAUUCCCCCAAGCUUACAAGAAGAAAUGAAUCGAGCAAAGGGGGAAAAUUCGUGGAUCGAUCGCUUGGGCGAAUUAUCAAUCGAUACAAAAGAUGAUUCUAGAGAAUCAAAAACGUCAAAUAGAAUUGUAAAAAGUACAAUAGGAAUUACGGACGAACGCGAAUUGCGCGAUCGAUUGAAAGCCUUUGGUGAAGUACCUGGGCCUAUCACGCGGACUACUUUCGAUGUGUACCUCAAACGUUUAUGGAGGCUGGAAUGCAAGCCAGUUGAAGAUGGAAACAACAAAAUGCAAUAUAACCAAAAAUUAUCCGAUUUCAAAGUAGAGAAAUUUGCGUGUACAAUACCGAAAUAUUUAUUAGUUGUUGAUUGGAUAAAUCGUGAGGAUUAUUACAGAAAUUUGGAAGAAAUAGCUUUUAAAGAAUAUGCAAUUGCCAACCCGGAACGCAAAUAUCGCGGUGGGACAUCGAAAAGCUCCUUCUGCUAUCUCUUGUUGGAUCCGAGAUUGACACAAGAUUUGCCACGUUGUGGUUAUGAUUUAACGAUAGAGGAACGAUGGCAUCGUUUUCUCAAAGCUGUAUUUUAUGUAGGCAAGGGGAAAGCUGCGAGACCGGCGGCUCAUCUAUAUGAUGCUUUCAAAAUUUGGUCCAGUGAAAAAGAAUCUAGAUACAGUAAAAUUUGCCGUAAAAUCUCUCGUAUUCUUGAAAUUUGGCAGAGUGGCCAAGGUGUCGUGUGUUUAAAUAUGUUUAAUCAUACAAUGGCCGAAGAAGCUUGCUCUCGUGAAGCACUUAUGAUCGAAGCCUUGGGUACUAAUCAUUUGACGAAUCGCGUUUACGGUACUUAUUACGGCUAUACUGCGACCGCCAUGAACCAUGAGAAAAAAAAAUCUCUCGGCAAAUUUCUUCUUUACAAGGCCAUGAACAUCCUUAUGCAUGAGGGAGAACGACAGCUCUUUCCUCGUAACGUCAUUCUCUGAUCCGCAAGAGCAUCAGUUGUAUAAUUAAGCCAAGAAUCUUUCACUCGCGUCUCAAUGGAUCGCAUUUCAGUCCAUCCAUUUUUUUGACUGUUGACUUUUUUUUACUAUAAAUUUAUAAGAAAUAUUGUAAGAUGGAAAAAGACAAAUCUGUAUAAUGUAUUGAAUAUAUUAAUGUUUGAGCACAA